AUGUGUUGGUCAUCAACAUUAUCUCAUUUUAUUGUUAUAACAAAUAAGAAAAAAAUUUAUCGGAUUAAUGAAACAACUUUAUCAAUUGAACGUAUUUAUGGAAUUGAAGAGAAAGAUUGGUUAUCUUGUACAUGCUCUGAUACAUAUCUUUAUUUAACAACAUGUAAAACAGGUUCAAAUCUAUUUCAAUUUAAACUUUUACCAUUAAUUCGACCAGUUAAACAAUGGCAACCUCCAUAUUCUUGUAAAUUACAUGAAUCUAUUCAUGCUAUUGAAUAUAAUAAUAGAACACUUGCUUUAAUAAUAAGAGAAUCUUUUGGAGGUAUGGUUAAUAUUGAACUUCGAUCAUCAUCAACACUCAAUCGACUUUGGUCACUUCCACUUGAUAUUAGAAGUUCUGGAUUAUGGUCUAGAAUUAGUUGUUGUUCACUUCAAUAUGAUGAAUGGCUUGUAGUACAUACGACUACUUCACGUCUUUUUCAUAUUAGUAAAGAUGGAAUAUUGAAAAUCAUCCUUGAAUGUCAUCAAAAACUAAAUAAUGCUAUUAUGUUUGGUUCAAAUAAAUGA